AUGAAAGGAGAACUUUUGGAAUUGAAAUCGACAGAUAUGUCAGUCCCAAAGGAAGACACUGCUGAAGAAGAGAAAGAAGUGGAAGAAAAGCCUUUAGCAGAAAAUUUGCCAAAAUUAAAUGUACAAAAAUUUUCUGGUGAACCAAUUGAUUGGCUUCAAUUUCAAAGUCUAUAUUCUACAGAGGUCCAUACCAAAGCUGAUCUUACCAAUUCCCAAAAGUUCAAUGCAUUAAAAUCACUUUUGUCAGAUGAGCUUUUCAAGCUAAUCGAACAUUUUUAUUCUUCGAGCAGUGAAACUGCCUACGAAGAGGCAUGGAAAUUGUUGGAAAAUAAAUUCUGCAAAAAAACUCUUAUUGAUGCAUAUCUUGAAAAAUUAAUCCAACAACCUAAUGUUAAUGGUUUAUCGUUAAGUAUUUUUAAACUAUUGGAUGAAACUAUUAAAUAUUUACAUGGACUUCAAACAUUGAAUGUUGACACAAAAAACUGGGAUAUUUUGUUGGUUCAUAUAUUGGUGCAGAAAUUAACAGAAAAAUUAAAAACCGAAUGGAAGAAAACCCACACGUCUAAUGAACUACCAACACUUUAUGAUUUCUUAAAAUUUUUAAACUCAAAACAUCAGAAAAUUGAUCUUAGUGAUGAAAUUGAAAAAUUCAAUUAUACAGCUAAUUUAAAUGAUUUUGGAUGUUUGUAUUGUAAAGGUAAGCAUCCUUUAUGGCGAUGUGAUAAAUUUGAAUCGAUGAGCAUUGAUGAGAGGUUAAUUUUUGUGAAGAAUAAAAAAGCUUGUGUGCGUUGUCUUUCGUCGAAACAUACUUUUUCGGAAUGCGAUAGGAAAUACACCUGUCGAAUUUGUCAAAGCAAACAACAUCACUAUAUAUUACACAAGAACAGUAAACGCAAUCAGUCAUAG